GCUAAAUAACAAAUUUAUUUUUGUUAUGUAAUUAUGUCAUGGGAUAACAUCGACCCCACAUAAACAAAAUCAAUCAAACAUAACACUAUACUACCUUUGAUAGUAUCUUGAAAGUUAAGUAAAAAUAACACACCCUCCAUAAGCAAACCAGAUGGAAUGUUCAUAAAAUAGCUCAAAAUCACACUGAGAAGUAAUGGCAUCUGCAGAAGCUAGAGCUAGUUAUGCAGUUAACCAUUGUUUCACACAAGAUUUCAGGAUGUCACCUACUUCUUCUGACCAAUCAUCUCAAGUUUCAAAAAAGUUGGAACCUGAUUUUACACCUAGUGAUUCCAGUGAUUCUGAUAUCAAAUGGUGGCUACAUGUGAAAACCAACAUAGGGGGUGAUGCAAACUAUACAACAUGUCAACAUCUAAAUUCCUUUGAAUCUGAGUUUGAUUCUUUUAGUACUAAACUUCAUAGUGACAAUGUCAAAAACUUUGAUGCUCUUUCAUGUGUUGGAAGUGUUGGAAGUGCUGCUAGUACUACUAUAGCUUUAGAGCAGCAAUGGAAUACUGUGUAUCCUAAAUGUAUGAAGAAGAAUAAUGAUAGUAGAAUGACGAAAAUCGAAGCUGCGUUGAACAAUGAGUUGUAUUUAACACCUAAGAAGAAAAAUGAAGGCGAGUUCUGGUUUUCGGAUGGUCUUUUUGUGGACUAUGAUGUUACUGGUAUUUUGGUUUCUGAACAAUGUAAAAGUACAUCAUCUGAUCUUGAACCAAGUUGGAUCGGAGAUGAAAAGACUCGGCCGUGGUGGCAUGCUUCGGGAAAAGAUGAUUUGGCUUCCUUGGUUGCUAAGAAAUCACUUGAGCAUAUUGAGAAUUGUGAUCUACCAGAGCCUUACAUUAAGCCUUUUAGGAAAAUACCGAGACAUCAGCCGACAGGUAUCGACAAUGACAAGAAUUAUGUAUCGUCCGAUGCGAACGAUUGUACAACUACAACCCUGACUUCUGGAUGUUCAUUUCAGGAUUCAGAUAGAAUUUUCAGUUCCAGUGAAAACAAAGACUAUGAUUCAAGCGACAGCAGCGAUAUUCGCAUGGAUUCCGAGAACACGGCCAAGGCAGAGCUACUGAAAGCCUUGUGCCGAUCCCAAACUCGGGCGAGAGAGGCGGAAAAGGCAGCACAAGAAGCCUGCAAUGAGAAGGAACAUAUCUUGAGUCUAUUUUUGAAACAGGCUUCACAACUAUUUGCUUACAAGCAAUGGCUACAUGUUUUGCAGCUUGAGAAUCUAUGUCUUGAACUCAGAAACAAAAACCAGCCAUUGAUGAACAAUCUCUUUNNCUACCGGGAAAAACAGAACAGGAAGAGCCGUCGAAAGAUUAGGAGUCGAAGACGGCGGAUCGGAAAAUGUGAAGUUGCUUUUGCUGUUGGUUUGGCUCUUGUUGGUGCUGGUUUGCUUCUUGGUUGGACUAUUGGAUGCAUGUUUCCACCCUUUUGAAUGUAGCUGUUUAUUUGUGUCUGAUAACUAAUACACAGUUUCUAAAAUUGUAGAACGCUGUUAAUUUAGUUUCUGAUAUUAAAAUUAAUGUGAAAAUGAACAUUUUCUGAUUCAUGAAAUUUGAAUAGUUGUGAAGAUUAAAUUUCA